AUGGACGAUCAGUUUGGCGGCCGCACCGACGAUGACCUCUUCUUCGACGACUUCGAGCCCGUGGCAGACUCGCAACCUGUAGAGACAGUCGCCGCUGCUCCUCCUCCUCCCGCCGCCGUCGCGACACCGCCCGUCGAGCCACCCAAACCCGAACCUGCUCCCCCGAAACCCGCCGCAGCUGAGAAGCCUCCUCCGCCUCCCGCCAAAGCGCCAACCGCGCCCCGCGGCCUGGCAAACUCGCGAUUCAACACAAACAAGCCCGCACCUGCCCCGCGUCCCCCCCGCCAACAGGCCCCCGCGCCCGCUCCUGCCCCAGCUCCCGCCGCAGCAGCACCCACCACCACGACAACCACCACCCCGGCCGCCGCCGCGCCUCCUCCCCAGGCACCGACUGGCCCAGCUGCCCAGACCCAGCAACAACAACAGCAACCAGCUCCUCCCACCGCGCCCGCGAACAAAUCCGCCUCGCCCGCGCCGCCCCGCGACAAGCCGCAACACGCGCCCGCCGGCCCGGGCGGCAACACCGCCCUCAACGCCGAGGCGCGCCUGCAGUCGGGCGCGAACCCGCGCACGAAGCUCACGGAGACGGAGCUGGCGGCCAAGAUGGAGCAGAUGCGCAUCCUCAACGCGGAGAAGACGCGCAAGUUCGAGCAGGCGGAGCAGGACGAGCGCAACCACGCGGAGGCCUACGCGCGCGGCAUGGAGGAGGCGCGCAAGCGCAAGAAGAUCGAGGAGGAGAAGCGCAAGCGCGGCGAGGAGGAGCGCAAGCGCAUGGACGACGAGAGGGCCAAGAACCGCGAGCGGAAGCUCAAGGCGAUGAGCAUGAAGGAGGGCGGCUGGGACGAGGGCAAGGAGGCGCUUAAUGCGGAGGAGGAGAGGAGGGGCUUCCGCGGGGCGAACGGGGGGAUCAGGGGGGCUAGGUCUGCGGGUCUCUCUGGCAGCAGGUUUGCUAAUGAUGGCGAUGAGGGUGAGAGGCAGGACAGGUACGGCGACCGCGACGACCGCAGGGGUGGUCGUGGCCGUGGCGGCGGCAGGGGUCGUGGACGUGGUGGACGAGGUGGACGCGGUGGCUAUGGCGAUGACUUCGCCCCCAGAGACCACAGGGAACCUGUGUCAAACGGGACCCGUGACGCGAAGCCUUCUGCGCCGGAGGCGAAGGCGCCCGCUAUCAACACGGAGGAGUUCCCCGCUCUUCCUGGAAAGGGCAAGACUGGAGAGACCUCGCCACCUGUGUUGUCACCUCUCGGCCGAUGGGACGAUGAGAUGGAGGCUUUGGAUGCGAAGAUGAAGAGCGACGCUCAAGCCUAG